ACUCAGCAUUUUGCGAUGUUUGUGGCGAUAAGGCAAUUGGUAAAAAUUUCGGUGCCAUCACAUGCUCUUCGUGUAAGACAUUCUUCAGGAGAAUCACAUCCAAAACAAAAGAUUAUAAAUGCUAUUUCGUUGAUAAUUGUGAAAUAAAUAUAUUAACGAGAAAAUUCUGCCCAAAAUGUCGACUGAGAAAGUGCUACACAAAAGGCAUGAUAAGGGAUAAUAUACUAAAUGACAAACAAAGGGAAUUUAAGAAAGCGGUGGCCGAAGAGAAUCGCAAAAUACGGCAAAAUAAAAAUAAAUACUUAUCAAACUAUACAUCGGAUCAAUCGCUGCCCCAGUGUUUGCCUAAUGAGGGGUUUGACUGUAGUUUUCAAAUCAUUACCACCGAGGACAAUGAUCCUGACACAAGCAACAGCCAGAUAAAUAUUUAUUAUUUAAAUGAGACACUCAAACACACUCCACUUGCUAUUGAAAUUGGCUAUAAUAUGCGAGAAUCGUUCAACGAGUUAGAGACAAAUAAACUGACCGAGUUGUUGCGGGCGAUGACAGUCUAUCCGUGUCCGCCACCCGCGGUGGACACCGAGUACGACAACAUGAUUGUCAUCAGACAAGCCCUGAGCUUAAAGUACGAGAACGAGAUCAAAAACAUGGUAAAUGUGAUGCAAAAGUUGCCUAUUUUUGGCCACAUCUGCGAUAACGAUAGGAUAGCGCUCGUGAAGUACGGAUUCAUUGAGAUAUUUCUGUUGCGAUCGGUUCUGGGCUUUAAUUUUCACACACAAGACAUGAUAUUAACAGUGGAAAACGAUCACUUGUUUCGCUUCAAACUUGAUUUAUUGCGAACUAAUAAAAGACAAUUUCACGACUUUUACAAACAAUAUCUCUACGCUAUGGGACCGGAGAUACAGACAAACACUGUUAUCAUUGAUUUGUUUACGGCAAUAUCGUUAUUCUCGCCAAAUCGACCCAAUCUUAUAAAUAAAGACAUUGUUAAGCUGGAGCAGCAAAUUUACAUAUAUCUAUUAAAACGGUAUCUAUUAUGGAGAUAUCAAUCGGAAAGUGAGGCCAGUGUUAAGUUAUUGAGUUUAUUGAAUAUUUACAAAGAGGUACAAGUGUUGGGACAAAUCCAAAGGCUUAACUCCAGUGAAAAUCUACCUCAAUAUAUGGGACCACUUCUUAGGGAAGUGUUUGACAUCAACGCCGACGACAAUUCAUUUAGUCAUACUAUUAAUUGUUAA